AUGCCUAUUAAUCUUGCCAAUAGCGAGGAAGAUUCUAAAAUGAAAGACGUGUUUAUUCCCUAUUAUGCCACAAAGCGAAGCGCACGAUCUCCGACUCCUAGCGCUGCCAUCGAUGUCUCGCAAAGUCCCUUUGAUAAAGUGCAACUUACUAAGUUGUUGAUCGAUGCCCUGGACGAAAUGGGAUACCAUGAGUCGGCCGUGAGCUUGCAGAAAGAAAGUGGCGGGAUUGAAGUCGAAUCUUCAUCUGUUCAAAAACUCUUUUCCUCAAUUAAAUAUGGACAGUUUGAAAAGAUCGACCUGUAUAUGCUGUCAAGCUUGCCACUAAAAAAUGGCGUACCCAUGGGGGUUCUCUCUCAGACGUUAUCAGCUUCUUCAGCGACUGAAGAAAUUGCUAGCAACGAGGGCACCGCGGUUGACGACGAUGCUAUGAAAAUUGAUAACAUCAUAAGCAAGAAGACGGACUGGAACAAAUUCUUUGUCAACAUGCAGUCUGAGUUCAAACUUUUAGAGCCUCUCAUUCAAAACAUGAAUGAUUACGAUUCUAAAACGAUUCAAGGGCUCUCUGACAUGAUGGAAAUACUUAUUUUGAUCAACAAGCAAGUUUUCAUUGAGCUCAUGUUUGAUCAACAAGAGUCAUCUUUAGCAGUUCUUUUCCUAAGAACUGUUUUUCGCAAGUAUAUCCAACUGUGGGAGUUAUUGCUCAUGUAUCAGGAAAGUACCGACGCUUUAACCCCUGACACUCUGCUGAAACAAAUGACAAGUAUUUUAACUUGCCCUCCAAACUCUGCGGAGUAUUCGCAUAUAUGGCCGGGGACAAUUCAAAAAUCACGAAAGCUUCUCAUAGAUGCCAUUUCAAAAUACAUUGAUCCUAAUGAUUUGGUUCCUAGGGGCAGACUAUUUACUCUUCUAAGGCAAGCAAUAAAAUAUCAAAAUUCUCAAGAUAUUCUUAACUUUGACGAAGGAAAUGAAAAUCAAUAUGGCCUCUCAAACGGAAGGAAUUAUAAUUUGCUACAGGAUAAUGUCUCUAAUUCCCACAGAAUUGGCUUUCGAGCUGAAAGAACUCUCGGACAAAACGUGGAUGAAAUAUGGUAUUUGGAAUUCUCACCAGAUGGAAAAUAUCUAGCAAGUGCAUCUGCAGAUUCAUUGACUGAUAGGAAAGUUUUAAUCUACGAUGUGGAAAAUAACUUUCAGGUUUACAAAGUAUUAGGUGGAAACGAUCAGUGUGUUCUUUACUUGUCAUUCUCACCCGAUAGUAGGUACCUGGUAUCCUGCCCCUUCAAUGAAGAAGCUAAAAUUUAUGAUAUCCAUAAGUCUGGUGAACCCACAAAGAUCAACCCAGAAAUAGAAGGUGGGAUAGUUGCUGAAAUAAUUCAACCUGAAGACUCUUUUAAGAUCCCUGAUAACAAGUUUUCUUCAAGCGGAGGACCGCCACGUAUCUGGUGCUGUAAUUGGUUUCAUACCGAUGCGAACAGAGGUCGUUUUGUUCUUGGCUCUCCUGAUAGAGAUGUUAUCAUAUAUGACUUGUUCUCCAAGUCUGUUAUAUUCAAGCUAUCAGAAGCGGUAAGCAGUGGUGGAUCAUCCUCUCAGGACCAGUUUCCACGUGUCCACGACCUCAAAAUUACUCGAGACGAUAAGUAUCUCCUUUUAAUGGCGCAUGAAUAUUUUGUUGAUACUUACGAUUUGAGCCAGCUUCCACCAGUAGAUAAAGAAGAUGAAUCAGGUGAUCAUAUAAUGGACCCCACGACAUUUCAUAUCCCAAAAGUUUCAAGAUUGAAUGUUGGCAAGAGAAUGACCUGUUUGACUAUACCUAGAUCAAGACAAGCCGGUGACAACACAAAUUCCUUAAUUCUUUUGAAUGUCCAACCUCACGAGUUACAAUUGUGGGACUUCAAGGAACAAAUAUUAGUCCAAAAAUACUUUGGACAGCGUCAGCUGCAAUUUAUCAUCCGUUCAUGCUUUGGUUAUGAUAAUAAACUAGUGGCAAGCGGCUCGGAAGAUGGAAAGAUAUAUAUCUGGGAUAGGUUUCAUGGAAACAUCAUCAGCGUCCUGAAUGGUCAUACUGCUGAUAGGACUGUACCCCCGGGAUCAACUAAAACAUUCGGACGAAAUUGUAACAUUGUCGUUUGGAAUCCGGUAGACAAGACAUUAUUUGCAUCUGGAGGAGACGACGGUCUGAUAAAAAUAUGGAGAGUUACCAGAGAUUAA